ACUAUUGCACCACACACUUUUGUUUUUUAUUUGUAAAAAUAAAUUAAUCUUUUCAAAUAGCCUACCUUAUAAAUCCUACUACAAUAUUAUUAUUAAUAGCCUAUAUACCUUCAUCAAUUAAAUUUUAAUCAUCAUAGAAAUGAGAGGAAACCACUUUGUUCUGGUUCAUGGGGCUUGCCAUGGUGCAUGGUGCUGGUACAAGCUCAUGAACCAGCUCAAAGUGGAUGCAGAGAUUGAAAACCGCUCUGUCCACGUGACGGCGUUGGACCUUGGAGCCUCGGGGAUCGAUCCUAAGGUGCUCGAAGAGGUACCCAAUGUUGAUGAUUAUGUUGAACCACUGAUGGAGUUCAUGGCUAAACUCCCUGAGGACCAAAGAGUGAUUCUUGUGGGGCAUAGCUAUGCUGGUCUUUGCAUAUCUUUGGCUAUGCAAAAAUUCCCACAUAAGAUUUCACUUGCAGUUUUCUUGACUGCUUACAUGCCCAAUUUCAACUCAUCUCCUGCACUUCUCAUCCAAGAAUACUUCAAGAGGACCCCAAUGGAAUCAAUAUUAGAUAGCCAAAUAAAGUUCAAAGAAGAUCGACCAAUGUCAGUGAUAUUUGGUCCACAGUAUAUGAGAACAAAGAUGUACCCACAUAGUGAACCACAGGCAAUAGAAUUGGCAAAAAUGUUAGUAAGGCCAACUAGACUUUACAUGGAAGAUUUUGAUAAGGAAAAUUUAUUGAGUGAAUCCAAAUUCGGAUCAGUGAAAAAAGUAUAUAUUUUGUGUGAAGAAGAUGAGGUGAUGAAGGAAGAGUUUCAACGGUGGAUGAUUGAGAUUAGUGAUCCACCUUUGACUAAUGAACAAGUCAUACUUAUUAAAGGAGCUGAUCAUAUGGUCAUGCUUUCUAAACCAUAUCAACUUUCCCAAAUUUUCACUAAAUUAAUGAUUACUCACUCCUAGUUUUAUACAGGUUAAUUAUGAUUUUUGCUUCUUGAACUUUGACAUGUACCAAAUUAUACAUUAUGAACUUUUAAAGUUGUUAAAAAUACCCUUUAAACUAUUAAGAUUGUUGGAUUUAAG